AUGGAGGAAUGUAUGAAUGGGAAGAUUCUCAAAGAGGAGAAUGAUUCAUGCCAGAGUGAUGAUGAUGAUGAAGAAUACUUUCCUGAUAGUGACAGUGAUGAUGAAGAGGAAUCUGUCUCAUCUGUAAAAGGAGUCAGGAUCAAAACAGAGCCAGUAUCUGAAGAAGAAUAUGAAGGUUUGUCAUUAUUUAUUUUUAAAAAUUCUAGAUGUAAUGGAACUGUUUCUAAAUUUGUUUUUGUUUUCGAAGAUUCACUUGAAAAGGAGACUUCCCCUGCAGCAAUUCAAAAGAGGCAUUCUGAACAUGAGCUAGAAGUCGUGAUACAGUCUCACAGGCCAAAGAAGGUGCGACCAAAUCCUCAAGAAGAGGACAAAUACAUCUGGACAAAAUCUUUCUCUGGAAGAGAUAUUCAGCCAUUUGUGGGUCAGCAAAGGGUGUGUAGUAAAGAAUUGGGUCAAAGAUCGACUCCCCUAGACUGUUUCUCGUUUUUUUUCGAUUCUGAAGUAAUUCGAUUCAUUAUUGAUAUGACAAAUCUUAAUGCUGUGAGAAAAAUACAGGGUGAAGAAACAGCGUCGUUUUUAAAAACACAAUCAUCAAAAGAUCCUGAUUUUUCCAUCAAAGUAGAAACUGUUUCAAACGAUGCAAGUGAAAAAAGUUGGAAGUUUGUUGACGUUGAUGAAAUGAAGGCUUUCUUGGGACUUAUUAUACUCAUGGGAAUAAUACGCCUCCCGCAUGUAGCGAUGUACUGGCAAAAAAAGAACUGGAUUCUUGAUGUACCAAGUUUUAAUAUGAUUAUGCCAAGGGAUAGAUUCCAAACUAUCCAGGAACAUUUGCAUUUUUGUGAUGAAUCGCUGGUGCCUGCAGAAGAAGAUGCUGAAAAAGAUAGGUUUUUUAAAAUUCAUGAACUUUUGUCACUUCUUUUGCCGCGUUUUCAAACCUGCUACACUCCGGGUAGAGACCUUCACAUAUAUGAAAACUUAAUUCCAAUCAAGGGCAAAAGUGGAUUUAAAAAAUACAUGGAUCAUAAAAAAUAUGGGAUCAAGCUCUGGCUUUUAACUGAAUCAUCAACGGGAUAUAUAUCUAGACUACAAUUUUACUCUGGAAAAAAUCAAGCUAUGAACCCAGAAAGUGGAUUGUCCCUCCGUGUUAUCAAAUAUUUAGUGAGUCCAUUCGAAUGGCUCCACCAUCAUCUAUAUGUGGACAAUUUUUUUGCCAGUCCUAAGGUGUUUGAAUACCUACUAUCAAAAGGAACAUAUGCCUGUGGCACAUUUAACAGCGACAGUGUAGGAUUUCCAAAGGAUCUCAUAAUGGAACAGACUUGCAAAAUGGGUGAAAGUGAUUGGCGAGCAACGGGAAAUUUAUUGGCUCAGUCGUGGAUGGACAAUAAGGCUUUCUAUUAUUUGUCCACCAUUCAUGAACCUGAUUAUGGGGAAGACCAUUCCGAAAAAACAAUUACAAAAAGAAGGAGGGAUCAUACAAUAUAUGGCACUGUUGAAACACCAUGCCCCCCUCUAGUGAGGGAAUACAAUAUGCAAACCGGACAUCUGUGUGUAUCAAAUCAAGUAAGAAAAUAUGGCAACAUAGCGAGACGAUCUAAGGUUUGGUAUAGAAAAGUCUUUUCAUAUUUGAUCGAAGUGGCUAUUAAUAAUGCUAGGGUAGUCUAUGAAAAAGUGACAGGGGAGAGCUAUUAUGACUUAGAAUUUAGGGAAAAACUUAUGACUGCUCUGAUUGGGAACCAUAGAGCUCCUCGAAACACCCCAACUACAGUUUCUAUAUCUCUUGCCAGGCUCCAAGAUGCUGGCAUUCAUCACCCAGUGUCCACAGUAGAACUACGAGUAUGUUCAGUGUGUUCCAAAAUAGAUCAGUUGGCUCCUGUAAAUAGAAAAUCAACUACUGUUCCACGAACAACUGUGCGGUGUAGCGAAUGCAAUGUUCACCUGUGUGUGCGCAACGGCAGAACUUGCUUCCGGGAUUGGCACACCAAGGUUGAAUAUUGGAAAGCAAAAUGA